AUGACAAACUCAAAGGAUUGUAUUGCUGAAGCAGGUAAAACUGCUGGUAUUGCCGGUGGUAUCGGUCUCUUUGUAUCUGCCAUGCAAAACACAGCUCAGAAGCACACCACUGGUGCUAGAGGUGUCCUCACUAGAACGGGUGGCACUAUUGCUUUCUUUGCUGCUAUGGGUGGUAUCUUCACUCUCGGUGAAUGUGCAGCAAAGGGUGUUCGUGAACAAGACGAUGCCGUCAAUGCUGCUAUUGGUGGUUGUGCAGCCGGUAUGUUGGCUGGUAUCAAGAGCCAUUCAUUCUCCAAAAUGUGCGUUGGUUGCGCUGCUGUUGGAGCCACCAUGUAUGCAUACGAGGCCACAGGUGAAUUAAAGGGAGGUUUUGCCAGCAAGACAAAAGAGGAAAAGAAACAACAUGAAAAGGAAUUCUUCAAACCUUUAUCAACUGCCGAGGAAUAA